CUAUAUGUUAAACUUCUAACAUGUGAUGGGUUUAUCGGAUGAUCAAAACCAUUAAGAGGCAAUGAGGCAUAUCUUUCCAGGAUAGUUUAUUUCUCAUAAUAAUUUGAACUGGGGAAUGCUUAAUAGCAAACUGGUUUUGCAUUAGAUGAACCUCCUUCACAGCCUUCAAGUUUCAGUUAUUAACAAUUCUAACGGUGCCACUUAUUUCUUCAGAGACACAGAAUUCCCAAGUGGUCGUCCAUGGGCUAAUGCUGAAGUAAAAGAGGGUACUCGAAAGAAACUAAAACGAUGCAAUUGCAAACUCUCACGGUGUUGUAAGUAUAAAUUCUCUUAAUCUCAAUAUAUUUUACCGGGUUGAUGAUCGUCCAAAACUUUUAUAGAAUUGCCGUCUGCAAUAUCCUAUGUGUUUUUGAUAUUGGAUCUUUCUCUGUUGUAUCUUGAAUAGUUGAAUCUGGGAAGUAUUAUUUUUAUCAUGAAUUUUGUUUCAUCCCAGUCUAGGUAAUCACACAUUUGGUGGGGAUAAAUGAAGCUUGGGUUCCUUUUCGUGUUUCUUGUCCUGUCAUGUCUACAUUCAUUUCUUUAGGUUGUGUUUGCAAAUUUUUUUGCCGAUCUGAAUAGUAUAAGAAAUGUGAUUUUACUCUACAUGCAUUGCAAGUGCUUUGCUUCAGGAGUUUACUGUGAUGGCUGCAGCUGCACAAAAUGUUCUAACAAUGUUGAGAAUGAGUCCUCUAGGAAAGAGGCUGUGGAAGCUACUUUAAAGCGUAAUCCAAAUGCAUUCCAGCCAAAGAUUGCUAGCAGUCUUCAUGAGAUGCAUGACACUAAGGAGGGAAAGGGUGACAUCUCAAUGACCGUAAAGCACAAGAAGGGAUGCCAAUGCAAGAAAUCAGGAUGUCUUUAAAUAUAUUGUGAAUGCUUCCAAGCCAAGAUUCUCUGUUCCGAGAACUGUAAAUGUAUGGAGUGUAAUAUCAGCAACCCAUAUUUUCAUCACAGCAAGUUUUCUAUGGCUUACUUCAGUAAGACUAUUUCUCAGUGUAUCUUACGAGAAACCUUGGUAGCGAUGACUGAAGUUGACCUGUUUUUCAUGCAAGUCAGGCCAAUCAUCUAAGGCCUUCUUCAACCUUUUCUUCCUCGUCCUCAAGUCCAGGUGUACCUGCUGUUAAUCCUGCACCAACGGGAUCAUUGAAACCCACAUACCGGUCUCUAUUAGCUGAUGUUCUUCAACCACAGCAAAUUAAGGACCUUUGCAGGAUAAUGGUUCUAGUAGCAAAUGCAGUCUCCAAAUCACGUACUACUGGUAAGAAGAAAGCUACUGUUAACAAGCAAUCAGGAAGCCAAGAGCAUGCAGAAAGCAUUGCUUCUCCAUCAUCUAGACGAAGUAUGUCCGUUGAAGCUGGCAUUCAAGAAGCUUCGGCAGAUGGUCCAUCAAGUGGAAACCUGGCUGAAAAAAUAUGCAUGGACGACCCCAGAUCAGAUGGUUCUGAAUUGCAGAAGGGAAGGCCAAUGUCCCCUGGAACACUAUCACUAAUGUGUGAUGAACAAGAUACGAUGUUCAUGGAAGCUGCAUCACCAAAUGGAAGGUUGGGCAAUGGUGUCAGUAUACCUCUUCCAUUGGCAUAUGGACCCGAGACAACAAGCUUAUACGCAGAGCAAGAAAGGCGUGUUUUGACCGCAUUACGUGAUUCUCUGCAAAAUCUCGUUCAGCGUGGCACCAUCAAAGGAAUGUGAGGAUAAUUCCUAGGUGUUCUGUUAUCAAGAGUCUCCAAUGGUCUGAUCAAGGAAAUGGUUUCUUUCAAGUUCACUUUCAAAAAUGGUGGACAAGCCUUUGUUUGGAGAAAUUUUUUGAAGAUGUACGAGCAAGAAGUUCUUGAACUAAUCAAGAGUCUCCAAUGGUCUGGUCAAGGAAAUGAUUUCUUUUAAGUUCACUUUCACCAAUGGCAGACAAGCCUUCUCUGGAGAUUUUUUUUUGAAGAUGUACGAGCAAGAAGUUCCUGAACUAAUGAAGGUAUUCCAAGGUCAGCUCAAUUAGCAAAGCUUACUUCAGAACUGGAGGAUUUGAUGAGAUCAAUACAUGGUAAGUAUUUACAUUCUCAAAUUAUAGUGUACAUUGUCUUUCCCGUUUUUACUUGAUAAUCCAUAUAAAUUAUAAAAUCAAAGCAGCUUGGAUCCCCUUAAAAGGUAGUUGACAAGAACGGAAAUUCGAAAAGAAACAACACUAAAAAUCUAAUCCAUCAAUAAUGAGUCAAGGAGUAUCUGUAUUUUUCAUGCCGGAGAAUUAGUCCCGCUUCAAGAAAAUAGAUGCUAGUUUUUGCUUUGAGUCUAAAUUUGUAAUCUGCUGUAGGUUGUAUUUGAUUUUUCAUCUGGUUAAGGUGAAUAGGCAUUUUGACACACAAAAUUCUUGUUUUAUGAUAAAUUACUGAAAUGGCAGGAAACUUUGGAUUAGGUAGGACUAGAAUCAGAGGAAAACUGUAUAACAUAAUAUUGAUUGUAUAAUAGAUCCAAUCUACAUGUCUAACAUUCAUUUAAGUUACCCCAUAAACAUCAUAACAGAAGCACUGCGUAAUUACAGCAGUGAAACCUGUAGAGUUACAUAUUCUAUGUAUGCAUUGUUUUCUGUAGUAUUAACCAAUCAAUAAAAUCAUGAAAAAUUCACCCUAUAUUUUCGGUGUUGCAGCAAGCACUAAAUCAUGAAGCAUGCUUUCUCCCUCCAAUGUCAUAAUGAUAGUUGUUAUAAGGUCUUUGUAAAUGUUUCUUUUACUUCUGAAAAUGCAAAUGCUUGAAUUGAUAAUAUAUUGUGCAAAACUGCCGGGGUGUUCAAUGUAGCUAAAGCAUAUACGGGUUAGAAAUAACAAAUGUGCAGUCCAUAAGCUUUCGCCUUGCUAACUGCAGUUCAUAUGAGUUAAUGGACGAGUAUUUUUCGGAUAACUUUGGAAAAAAAAAUGUACUAGAGGUUCCUGAACUAAUGAAGGUAAUUAAAGCUCAGUUGAAUAUUUGGGUACCGGUAAGUAGUUCAAUUGAAUUCACAUAUUAAGAGUAUUGAUAGUCCGACCCCCUUUUUAUUCAUUCUUGUGUUGUUAUAUCCAAAAAGAAAAUUUUCUCACCUCUUAUGUAUGAACAACACAAAAAAUGUAUGUCAUGAUCUAGUUGUAUUAAUCUUUAAUAAAACUAUGUUUAUAUACAAGACUGCAUUUACUGCAUGGGAUGUAGAGUGCAAUGAAGUUGUGUCUGCAAGAAUCAAUUUUGUUGCUUGUCAUAUGAGUUCUUUGUCAUGAUCUUAGUGGUGACAGAGAGGUUCUGUUAUUUUCCAGAGGGGGAGAAAACUACUGUACAAAGACUGGAGUUAUAUAUGGGUUUUCUCUUGUAUGCUUUAACUCAAUUUUUUCUUUCUUGAUGACUUUAAUUGCCUUUGUUCUCUCUGCCUUCUGAUUCUCAUAGCCGAAUGUCGUGGCUUGAGAGGAUAGAUACAUAAAUAGGGUUGAGAUUAAAGACUGCAUGGAGGAUGAUGUUCUAUUUUUGGAUUAGGCAGAUGCCAGAUACCAAGUAGAUAACAAAUGUUUGAGGUUUUGAAUCUCUGACGACUAUAUGCCUGGAGUAAGCAAAUAUGAAAAUGCAGAUCCAGUAGUCAUAAUAUCAA